AUGCCAGCCAACAAGCUGUCAUCGUCACUCCACCAUCUGGCUGCAGGUCUCUUGCCUGCGGCAGCAAAAGGAUUCAAGAUACCCGCACUCGGCAGUGGUGGCCACCACGAGAAGAAGACCAAGGAGGCAGUGCAAAAGGAGCGGGCUGCAGUGAAUGCAGAGCUGAAACGCGCAGGAAACAAUGACGUUUGUUUAUCAGACAAGUGGGGUACAUGUCAAGAAGUGAUCGGAAAAGGAGCCUUUGGUGUCGUCCGAAUAGUACACAAGGCUGAUCCCUCGGGUCACGAAUACGCUGUCAAGGAAUUUCGCAAAAAAGGCCUCGAGAGCACCAAGCAAUAUGUCAAACGGCUGACGUCAGAAUUCUGCAUUUCGUCUAUCCUGCAUCACCCCAAUGUCAUUGAAACCCUGGACUUGCUGCCGUUGACUGAAACCUCGGCGGUCUACUGCCAAGUGAUGGAAUACUGCGACGGCGGCGACCUGUUCAACCUCAUCUACGACUUUGCCUCGUCCGGACUCCAAGUGCCCGAGGCCAACUGUUUCUUCAAGCAGCUCAUGCGGGGCGUGAGCUACGUGCACCGGAUGGGCAUUGCUCACAGGGACUUGAAGCCGGAAAAUUUACUGCUGACAUCGAAUGGCUGCCUCAAGAUUUCCGACUUUGGCGGCGCCGACUGCUUCCGUCCUACACCCCAGUGCAAAGCCAUGUACAGUCGCGGCGUCUGUGGAUCUGAGCCCUACAUUGCCCCAGAAAUGUUUGUCCAGUCUGAAUACGAUCCUCAGCUCACGGACGUCUGGAGCUGUGCUGUCAUUUACAUGGCCAUGCGCACCGGUAACCACAUGUGGCAGGUCGCGAAAAAGGGUGAUGACGAUAACUACGACCGAUAUCUCAAGUUCCGUCGCUUUGAAUGCGGCAUCGAUAUCUUUGAGGGCAUGGAGCUCGGUGCAAAGCGCCUCGUCUAUCGGAUGUUGGAUCCUAACCCAAACAAGCGGAUCGGUACCAGCCAGAUCAUGGAGAGCGAAUGGUUCAAAAAUAUCUACUGUUGCCAGCCAUCUUCGGCCUGUUCUUCGCUAUCGUCGGCAUCUUCUUCUUCGUCGUCGUCAUGA